CAAAAGGCUUCCCAUCAUCUUUCCUCCUCCAUGUAAAACAAUUCCCCCUUUCUUUCCACCAUUGUCAGACUCGGUGGCUUACAACAACCGCAACUCAUACAAGACAAUGCUUGACUCGCCUCUAGCUCUUCUCUCGCACUGACCCUUUGGGCGUCAUCACCACACCACCCUUUCGACAAGCAUACCCCUGCAGCCCAGCCCGCCACUAGGUACCUGGACUGUUCUGCAAUCUAAACAUAGAGUCCAUGCGGCACGACGGCAAAGGCGCACACUCCCGUCCACGUCAAUGUAUAAGAUCACAAAGCCCAUCCUUUGCCCGCUUUCCACAAAAGCAACAACAGCUCUCUUCAGUCCUUGUUACAACACACAAUGCAAUUGCCCGUCGCCCAGGUUCUCGUCCUGGCCGCAGCCACGGCCCAGGCAAAGCCCAUCCUCAACACCGUCGACCUGACACACUACAGAACCAUCCUCCCGCGCUGGUUCUCCUCAUGGUCAUGGCAAGCCUCGUCGCCCUCGACGCUCGCCCAGGCCAUCAAGGACUUUGAGCACGACAUCUUUGGCGGCCCCCGCACCCUCAACAUCCUCAAGACCACCACGCACAACGGCCAAGUCGUCGACUGGAUCGAGACCUCGUCGCAGGGCAAGGUCGCCUCUCCUCCUCCCCAUUUCCCAUCCCGCUCCAGUUCUAAGCGCGGCAGCGCCAACGGGCCCAUCACAAAGGCUCCCAUCCCCAUCCACCCUGACCCAGGCCCUCCCGGCACCGUCCCGUUUGCUCGGCACAACAGCACGCGCCCCGAAAAGGCCGACAGUCUGCCUGGCACCACUAAGUCCCAAUCUCAAUCCUCCUCCUCCAAAGCCAGAACAUCUUCAGACGGCACCCCUCAGCCCGCUGAAGACCCUACCGCCCAAAACCUCGUCGAAACCCACUGGUACGCCGCCUCCGUCAACCCAACCCCCAACCACGGCGGCGGCGGCAGCUUCAACAUCUGGGACGCCUACGUCCAGAACCCCAGCGACUUCAACAUCAUGCAAGUCGCCGUGGCCCUCGACCACAACCAGACCGUCGAGGCCGGCUGGCAGCACUACGACGGCGUGCAAACCGGCGGCCCCGCGCUCUUCACAUACUGGACCAACAACGGAUAUACCAAGUACGGCGACUACCUCGGCGGCUACGACGCCCAAGUCGGCGGCUGGGUGCAAGUCGACAAGGACAUCUAUCCAGGUGUGCACCUUUCGCCGCUCUCCACGACGGGCGGCACACAGGUCGAGAUCGACAUCCACUACUAUCUGUUCCAAGGCAACUGGUGGCUGCGCGUGCUGGACCGCUGGAUCGGAUACUACCCCGGCGCCCUGUUUGCCGACAACGACAAGGGCCAGUCGCUGGCCAAGGGCGCCAACACGAUUUCCGUGUACGGCGAGGUGCUAAACGGCGGCAAGGAAAUGACGACCACGGAUAUGGGCAGUGGCGAGUUCCCGUCUGCAGGCUUUGGCAAGGCGGCGUUUAUCCGCAACGUGGAGGUGUAUACGCCAGAGGGUAAAACAGUCGACUAUAACACGGCUGCCGGUAAUGUCGUGAUUAGCGACCCCAAGAGAUAUGAUCUCGAAGUGCAUUGGGCCUCGGGGACCGCUUGGGGAAGCUACUUGUAUGUUGGCGGGCCAGGCGCUGGCGGCAAGAUCGGCGCUUAAGACUACGACAGAAAAAGAGGGAUGAUAUAGUUGAUGAACCAUUUGUUGUAUAGUUUUUUGGCAUACAUGUACAUAUAGUAUAGAGAAUAUACCAUCGAAGCGAGUUGACAUACACAUUACACAUACGAAUAUACAGGCAUGCAUUCAGACAUUCACAUAGGCGCAUCUACAUGCACAUCCCAGCAUGGACAUUUUAUAUAGAGAGACUGUAAGAACAAGUCGGUAAAAUAGAAUCAAGUAUAUUUCC